AAGAUGGCCGCAAUCCCUUCACCUGCAGGUCAUGUGUUGAGUCCCGUCUAGCCCUGUCGCCCUAACACUCUAUGACUGCCGGGCGGAAGAGUAAACUGGGUCUUAGCUUCGUCUGUCGUUGUGCCUGCGGCGCACUGCAGCUCAGAUGGCGGCGGUUCGGGGACUGCGAGUCUCUGUGAAAACAGGAGGGGGUUUGGAACCGGAGCCUAUGGAGGUAGAAGAGGGGGAGGUGGAGGCCGCACCGGACGGCAAGUCGCCGCGAGAGGUUGUGUCGGGCUCGAGUAGACGUUAUGAAAAUAAGGCUGGCACUUUUAUCACUGGGAUUGAUGUCACUUCUAAGGAAGCCAUUGAGAAGAAGGAACAGAGAGCAAAGCGCUUCCAUUUUCGUGCCGAGGACACAGACCAUCAAAGGAAUGUUGUACUGGAUCUAGAAAUGAUUAAAAAAGCAAUUCCCAAAGCCCGCUUGGAAGCCCUUUACGUAUGUGGAGUAGACGAUAUGAGCACACAGGAUAUCUUUGGUUUCUUUAAGCAGUAUCCACCAGGCUUUAUUGAAUGGCUGGAUGAUUCCUCUUGUAAUGUUGUGUGGCUCGAUGAAAUGACUGCUACACGGGCUUUGUUAAACCUGAGCACUGUGCCGACUGACAAAAAGUGUAAAAGCAAAAAGAAUGAAGAAAGCACCUCCACCAAAUCCAAAAAGGACAGAUUUGAUGACAGCUCUGGGGAGGAGACUGAAGAAGGGGAAGUGGACGAGGAGAAUCCCAGCGAAGCAGAAGAAGAGACUGAAAAGAAGCCUUUGAGCACUUUGGACACACUUUCCCAGGCCGAGGAGGAUUCUUUACUACAAAAUGAUCUCAGACCUUCUGUGAAGAUAACUAAAGGAAAUCGGCUCCACAUGAGAUUUGCAACUAAAGAUGACAAAAAAGAACUGGGGGCAGCAAGAAGAAGCCAGUACUAUAUGAAGUAUGGAAACCCCAACUACGGGGGCAUGAAGGGAAUCCUUAGCAACUCCUGGAAGAGAAGAUUCCAUUCCCGUCGCGUCCAGCGAGAUGUAACGAAGAAGAGCACGCUUAUUGGUGACGACGUUGGGAUAGCUCCAGCAUACAAGCACCUACAUUCAGGUCUUGUAAAUGUUCCAGAAGAGCCGAUAGAAGAAGAGGAGGAGGAGGAAGAUAUGGAUGAAGAUGACCGUGUGGUAGUAGAAUACAGGGAUGAACUCCAGGCAUUCAAACGAGAGAGAGAAGGGGCACGGAGAUCUGCCGCCAGCGAUUCUGACUCUGAUGAGAUGGAUUAUGACCUGGAGCUGAAAAUGAUUUCCACACCCUCGCCCAAAAAGACCAUGAAGAUGACGAUGUACGCAGAUGAAGUGGAGUCCCAGCUCAAGACUAUCCGAAACUCCAUGAGAUCAGAAGGACACUCUACAAGCAGCAGCGUGAAGAACCGCAUCGGCAGCAAAUCCCAUUCAGAGAAACCCGUCGAUGUGCGACUUCUGCUGGAAGAGAAGAGGCAAGGCUCGGCUACCAGGCAGCUCAGCGGCGCAAAAUCAGAUGUGCGGCAAAGACUUGGUAAAAGAGCGCAUUCUCCCGAACCUAGAAAACCAGUUCCCGUUGUCCCAGUGCCUCGUAGAGAAGUAUCGGAUGUGCAUAGCCGGCUUGGACUCCCGAAGCAGUCAGAAGGAAAGGGACUUUAUGCAGACAGCAAAGAGAAGAAAACAGGAAGUCUGUGGAACCGCUUGGGUACAACACAGAAAGAGAAAGAUAAGCCUGCCGAGAAGCCUGAACAGACAACUGCUGCGCCCGAAGAGGAUGACUCUGUGCUGCAACAAGCUUGGGGUGCCAUGAUCAAGAAGAAAGAGCAGAUUAGACAGAAAAAGAGCCGCUUAGACAGCCUGCCUUCCUUACAGAUUGAGAUUAGCCGGGAGAGCAGUUCUGGCUCAGACACGGACUCCUGAUGACUUUACGUAUAGGACUAUAGCUUCAAAAGCAUGGCGGCAACUUGAAAACGUGCCACGUCUGCCUUUCACGAAACCUUUAUUUUAUACUCACGAGACACCAAUAAGUGGCAGCGGUGUUCUCGACAUGCCUCGGAAAGAAAAUUCAUAUCCCGGCACAUUGACAAUUAAACAUCCUAAAUUGGUUA